AAGACUGGCCUAAUAAUAGCUGAACACGACCAGAGAAUUACAGUUUUAUGAAGACACUGAUUUUCUUACAAGAUGGAGUUCCAGUUGAAUGAAGAGGGCACAUUUCCAUCAACGCAGAUGAUAACAGAGUUGGCUAGACAACAGCUCACCGCAGAGUUGUUGUGUACCAAUUCUACAGAGGUGUCCUCCUCCUCAAGUACAACACAAGAGACUUGUACAACACAAACAAUUGUACACAAAGCCAUCAAGUCUAAUAAUAAAGAAAUUGUUUGUGAUAUAUGUGGUAAGAUCUUUAGUACACCACGGAAACAUAAACUUCAUAUUAAGACACAUUCUACAGAAAAGCCAUUUAAAUGUGGGGUUUGUGGAAAUGGAUUUAAGUCCUCAGGAGACCUCAAGAAACAUCUCAUGAUUCACACUGGAGAACGCCCGUUCACGUGUGAUAUCUGUGGGAAGAGUUUCUCAAGGAAGGGCACUUUGCAGAGUCAUGAGAUGACCCAUGGAACAUAUAGAGCGUACAAGUGUGACAUUUGCGGCAGAGGAUUUGGACAGAAACGGGCAUUACUGGUGCAUAACAGAAUUCACACUGGGGAGAUGCCAUUCAAGUGUGACAUUUGUGGAAAAGGAUUCCGACAGUCAGAGUGUAUGAAGCGACAUAUUAUGAUCCAUACAGGAGAACGUCCCUAUGAUUGUGACAUAUGUGGAAAGAGUUUUACUCAGGCUGGACACAUACGAUCUCAUCGAAGGACACAUACUGGUGAGAAACCCUAUCAGUGUGAACAUUGUGGCAGGGGAUUCAACCAUAAAGAUGGGCUUAAGCGCCAUGUGCGAAUUCACACCGGUGAGAAACCUUACGCAUGCCAUAUUUGUGGGCGUGCUUUCACUCAGACUGGGAGUCUAAACACACAUUACAAGGUACACAGAGACAAACCAAAACCUACUAAACCAGACCUACUUGUACCUAUAAUGUACUUACAAAAGGAAUCCUCUUAGUUACAGAAAAGUAUAAAAAUCAGUGUUGUAACUUGUUUUGACAAAAUCUGAAUGGUAAUUUGGUAUCUAAUAUUAAAGAUAUUAUUUCUGCUUCUCGGUAGUAUGACAUUGUGAUAUUGUAUAGACAUAAUGCAUUAUAGAUAUAUACUGUAUAAUUACCACAAUAAGCAUUUACCACCAAAUUUUAUUUUACAAUGAAAUGGUGGAGUACCAUAUUUUCGUAGGUUAUAAGUCAUACCUGUAUAUAGGCUGCAGAGCCAUGUUUUAGCAAUUUUUUUUCCAUUUGAUCCACAUAUUAGACACAAGAAUAUGAGCUUCAUCCUUUCUGAUGAUAUGGUAACCAUUAUUUUGACCAAAAUUUGUUGAUAAAACAGACAACGGAAGGUAAUUAAACAAGAGCAUCGGUCAAAUUAAUGAAGUUUGCAAAUGAUUUAUGCACAAAUAAGCCGCUCAUAAAAUAAGCAAACAUGGUGGUCCUUCUACAAGUUGACCUAUCACUCGAUGACCUGUCUGUCCAAGGUGCAAUAGUCUAUUGUAAACUUCUACCAUACCUUCAAGAUGUUAUUGUGAUUCAUAUUAAAAGGUACAUUGUAUAAAAAUAUUAAAUACACUAGAACGUUAUAUUUUUUGCAAUCUUCAAAACUUCCUGUAUACAAUCACAAAGGACAGUUGUACACAAUCCAUCUCAUUCACAAACACAUGAUGGGCAGGUACUUGUACAAAAGCUUUAGUCUUGUAGUGGUACAAAAUUUUAUAUUUUUUCAUCCACAUAUAAGCAGCACCGGUAUAUCAGUCGCACGCUUGACUGGCGUUGAAAAAAGUUGUGACUUAUAAUCUGGAAAAUAUAAUAUCCAAGUUGUAAAGGUUGUAGUUUACUUUACUUUUGAUAUACAUAUAUAUAUAUAUAUAUAUAUAUAUUCAGUCAGGUUCUAGGAUUAGAUACAUUAUAGUAAUCUAGAUUGUAAAAAUCUUACUUGGAGUAUUUACAUGAUGUAUUUCACAAAUUAAUUGAUAUUUACCCAUGAAAUCAACAAUAAUAAAUCCACCAUAAAAGUGAAUGAUUUUACAGUAUUCUCAGAUUUACGUUUCACACCGAUAACAAGAUGUACCAUUUAUAUACAUUAUUUGUGUAACUAGUCUGAUUUGUGUAACAUAUGUGCCACAUUUUGUACAGCCAAAAAGACCAUAAUUCUGGUUCCUAACAUAACCUAUCCUGACUGUGUUCUUUCAGUAGAUUUCAAGGAGUUUUAAUGGACUCAAUAAUUGACAAGGUUAUUAGUUCCCUACCCUAUAAAAAACAAACUAUUUUUUUGCAUACUUUCUUAAAAAAGAUAAUGCCAAACAGCACCAUCUAUAUAAAUCCAGACAGUGUAAUAGCUUGCUGGGGCUGGUAGAAGGCAUGUAUUGCUUUAUUAUCAUGCUUGUUGUAAAUAUUUCAUAAAAAAUACAUAAGGUUGUUGGUUUUUGUUUUUUCUCUAGAUAAAGUGACUUCCUUAAUUGAUAUCUUUUGUUCUGGUUGGGUUGAUUAGAGACCUAGAUAGAAAUUUUCUAUUAAGGUCUCUGGUUUGAUUAGCCAAAUAAUGCUAAAUACUUGUGUUCAAUCUUUGUCGGUGGCAUUAAAGUUUAAAUUAUACUAAAUACUUGUGAUAAUUUUUUGUCUGUGGCAUCAAAGUUUAAAUUACACCGGAUACUUGUGUUAAAUCUUUGCCUGUGGCAUCAAAGUUUAAACUAAACAGAGGUCAUUUAAUUGUGAAGGUUUAUUUUUUGAUAAAUUAUCCUUAUGACACACAGGUAAAUGAUCACAGAGAAAAUUCCCAACCCCAUGAUUAAUGAACAAUAUUUUGGAGUAGAAUUUAUGCCAAAAUCAUGUGUUUGUCUUCCUGUUUUACAUUAUAGAAAUAUUCAGAUUGAAUCGAUGUCUGACUAUUUCGGUAUUAACUUUUGUAAGAGGGAGUUUAUGUAGAAGUUUUGUUAAUGAGUAUAUCUGAUUGGUUUGUUAUCUUGUUUACUUGAUUCUUACAAGUAUAUUUUAUGGUAAAAUAAAUUGUAAACUUUCAUUUAAAACUGAAAAAAUAAUGAAAUUUUGUGUUUAACAGAACAUAAAGAAGUAGACAAUAACUUUUAAAUCAUAUAUACUUUUGGUAUCUGUAACUAUCAUGUGUAUGUUUGGUUUCUGUGUCCAUCAGCUGGCUUCUCACAUGAUUUUGAUCACAUUCCCCAAUACCUGUUGUACUGUAUCAAUGUCUUACAUUAAAUUUCAUAUGUGUAUGUACAUAUACACACUAGUGUAAUGAUAUGUGUCUUUGUUUGUACUUGUGUUGUAAUGAAAUAAAUAUUAAUAUAA